AUCCUAAGUUUAUGAUCUCUCGCGGUAGAUCUUUAUUCCUCUAUCCUUUGGUGUGAUGAUAUUGCGCGCUCGCUGACUGCGGCAGUUGCGCAAGUAAGCCAGUAGGGCGCGCUGUUGUCCCAUCAGGUGGUCUCGGUUGAAUGAGGGAUCCUUGUUUGUUUCUCCGCUGCAUUCGUCCGGCGGUAUCCAGGAAGUGAUUUUAAACAGCCACCCGAUCCCACGGAUUAUAUUUCAGGUGAUCCCGUGUCAAAACAUGAAUAGGAAAGCGACAGCAGCGUUAUAUAAAACAAGGCAAACCGGGCUGACAAAUGCACUACACGAUCGACAGCAAACUGAACAACUACUGAACAAAACCUCGAGUCCUCCGCCGGUGUUGAGGCAGAAUUACACACAGUAAAUUACUUACAGCACGUUUAGAGUUGCAUGUGUUUGCAAAACGUUUCAGUUUGCAACUUAAACUAAAGGCUUAAACCAACCAGUGUGCCAGUGUGCGCGGUAGGCACUGCAGAAGGUGAUGCCCGCCGCAGCGUUUCACCCUCACUGCAGUGUCGCGGAAGAGGGACUCGGCAUGAAGCCUGAGUUUUGGCUCUACGUUUGGCUACGGAAAGUGGGUAUUGUCGCUGCCCAUAUUAUAUCUUUGGGAUUGACAAUAUUCAUAACGCUACUGUCCCGACCUGGAACAAGUCUCUUCUCCUGGCAUCCCGUGUGCAUGUCCAUUGGAUUCAGCCUCUGCAUGACAGAAGGUGUGCUGCUCUUCUCCAGCGAGGGAUCCCCAUUCUGUUUCCAGUCUCGGAAAGGCAAGGUCCAGUUGCACUGGGUUCUGCAGGCCCUGGUGGCGAUCGCUGGAGGGACCGGGCUGGGUUUCAUCGUGGCCAGCAAGAACGUGUCCGAGCGGCCUCACCUGACCUCCUGGCACAGCCUCCUGGGUGUGGCCACGUUGGUGGCCGUGGGCUGCCAGGUGCUGUGUGGCGUCUGCCUGCUCUUCCCCAAGAGGGUGUCUUCCGUGGCCCGUCUCCGGCUGUACCACGCCACCUGCGGGCUGGUCACCUACCUGCUGGCCACGGGCACGCUCGUCCUGGCCAUGUGCUCAGACUGGUUCCAGGGCACUAUCAAAGGGGCGCUGUGGUAUGUGUGUGUGCUGCUGCUGCUGUGCCCAGCGCUGGUGGUGAUGAACCAGAUCACAAACGCCUACUUGCCUACUUACCAAAGGAGGAGGUCCAGAUAUGAGUCUGACCACAUAUAGAAUGUGCCUUUGUACUGUCCCUAAACGCGUUGCACUGUGUGUGUGUGUGUGUGUGUGUGGGGGGGGGGGGGUGG